AUGUUUACCUACAACGUCCCUCUCCACUUCGCCAUCCACAGGCCAGGAUGUCACUUCGAGAGCUGCUGCGGCAUCUGCAAUUUAUUCCCAGGAGUGCUUCUUAUAGCUUUCUGCCAAGUCCUGGUAGGGUCCAUCCUAUUGACCCUUAUCCUGACACAUGGACCGCAAUAUGAUGAAAUGCAUAUGACUCCAACUACACAGUUUAUAAGUCUUGCAACGGGAAUUGUUCUAAGCGGCAUCACUGGAGCAGGAAUACUUCUCAUAGUAGUGGCAUUGACGGAAAACUGCAGAGCUAUGCUGCUGUACCUAAAUGGAAAUGUGGAACGUGACCUUGUGAACAUUAUUAGCUUUUGCAAGAAGCUUCAACCGCGUUACUGGGAUAAAAAGUGCACUUUGUCUAGGGAUGGGAUAAGGCUUCCGAUCACCCUACUCUCACGGCAAAACAUAACUUUUAUAAUCCGUACCGCUAAGAAGUGGAGUUCUUCGACGGAGUAUGACCUGGGUAUCUUCAAGGCCCGAGUGAAUAGAUUGCCAUGUUUGUCCAUCGUCGUUCUGUACUUCUUCUCCAUCGUAGUAGUGUUCAGCUUCUACCAUUUCCGAUACGUGCGGAGAGCCAUACUUCUCCACGAGAACGAAUGUGAAUGA